AUGGGACCCGGUACAUCACAGAUAGAAGACGCGGGACCCGGUGCAUCACAGAUAGAAGACACGGAACCCGGUGCAUCACAGAUAGAAGACACAAGACCUGGCGAUUCACUGAUAGAAGACACGGGACCCGGUGCAUCACAGAUAGAAGACGCGGGACCCGGUGCAUCACAGAUAGAAGACACGGGACCCGGUACAUCACAGAUAGAAGACACGGGACCCGGUACAUCACAGAUAGAAGACACGGGACCCGGUACAUCACAGAUAGAAGACACGGGACCCGGUACAUCACAGAUAGAAGACACGGGACCCGGUACAUCACAGAUAGAAGACACGGGACCCGGUACAUCACAGAUAGAAGACACGGGACCCGGUACAUCACAGAUAGAAGACACGGGACCCGGUACAUCACAGAUAGAAGACACGGGACCCGGUACAUCACAGAUAGAAGACACGGGACCCGGUACAUCACAGAUAGAAGACACGGGACCCGGUACAUCACAGAUAGAAGACACGGGACCCGGUACAUCACAGAUAGAAGACACGGGACCCGGUACAUCACAGAUAGAAGACACGGGACCCGGUACAUCACAGAUAGAAGACACGGGACCCGGUACAUCACAGAUAGAAGACACGGGACCCGGUACAUCACAGAUAGAAGACACGGGACCCGGUACAUCACAGAUAGAAGACACGGGACCCGGUACAUCACAGAUAGAAGACACGGGACCCGGUACAUCACAGAUAGAAGACACGGGACCCGGUACAUCACAGAUAGAAGACACGGGACCCGGUACAUCACAGAUAGAAGACACGGGACCCGGUACAUCACAGAUAGAAGACACGGGACCCGGUACAUCACAGAUAGAAGACACGGGACCCGGUACAUCACAGAUAGAAGACACGGGACCCGGUACAUCACAGAUAGAAGACACGGGACCCGGUACAUCACAGAUAGAAGACACGGGACCCGGUACAUCACAGAUAGAAGACACGGGACCCGGUACAUCACAGAUAGAAGACACGGGACCCGGUACAUCACAGAUAGAAGACACGGGACCCGGUACAUCACAGAUAGAAGACACGGGACCCGGUACAUCACAGAUAGAAGACACGGGACCCGGUACAUCACAGAUAGAAGACACGGGACCCGGUACAUCACAGAUAGAAGACACGGGACCCGGUACAUCACAGAUAGAAGACACGGGACCCGGUACAUCACAGAUAGAAGACACGGGACCCGGUACAUCACAGAUAGAAGACACGGGACCCGGUACAUCACAGAUAGAAGACACGGGACCCGGUACAUCACAGAUAGAAGACACGGGACCCGGUACAUCACAGAUAGAAGACACGGGACCCGGUACAUCACAGAUAGAAGACACGGGACCCGGUACAUCACAGAUAGAAGACACGGGACCCGGUACAUCACAGAUAGAAGACACGGGACCCGGUACAUCACAGAUAGAAGACAUGGGACCCGGGGCAUCACAGAUAGAAGACAUGGGACACGUUGCAUCACAGAUAGAAGACACAGGACUCGGUGCAUCACAGAUAGAAGACACAGGACCCAGUGCAUCACAGAUAGAAGACAAGGGACCCAGUGCAUCACAGAUAGAAGACAUGGGACCCGGUGCAUCACUGCAGAUUUAG